AUGCCACUACGAUCCUCGGCAUCAUCUAAACCCAUCCGUAAACAUGUCACAACAGCCUGCAAUCCCUGCCGCGAAGGCAAGGUGAAAUGCGACGGUGUUACCCCGGUUUGCAGGAACUGUCGGGCGAAGGGGAAGAGCUGUAGUUAUCGGCAGACUAGCGAUAAGCGCAAAGUCCCCCUGCGAGUCACGAUCCAUGUCCUUGCGCAGAGAAUCAAUCGACUCUCGCGCUAUAUCCAGGACCAGGGCCUGCAGGUGCCGCAGAUGGAGGAGAGUGAUUAUCUGACUAUCAAGGACAUUUUUGAGACGAUUGAGCUGAAACUUGACGAUGCACCUUGUAAUGACAGGGACAAAGAUACUGAAAUGGCCGCGGCCUCAGUCUCCCACGGUGGCUUUGAGGAUGCUCUGAUACCCGAAAAUCACUCUAGGGGCGAUGGGACUUUUGAUCUACAGGCGCCGUUGACUGGAGCGGCUGGUGCGGGGACUGUGGAUGCCCAGGAGCUGUUACCACCGGUAGGAUCGUCAGAAUUGCACUCAGCGCAUUCACGGACACCAGAGGACACCUCACAACUGCAUUAUUAUGGCACCGGAAUGAAUAUAUCUUCUGCUCCUGCUCUGGAUGAUUCCUCGCCAAACGCGGCGUCUGCACUGCUCGAGCUGGCGGAUGCAGGCCUCUACCAUAGUACGGCGCCCAUUGGACGGGGUGAAGAAAGCGCACCGCAUCCAGAGAAUAACGCUGACGAAGAGGAGGAGGAUGAAGUCACAAACCAACUUUCGUGUCGGUUAGGGAAACUCCAGGUAACGCAUGAUGGGCGGCUGCGGUAUUUUGGGUCCACGUCGAACUUCACGUUACUGGAUAUACUGGUUGAUGCUGCGCCUUCGUGCCAAAUUUCGUCUCAGCGAGCGACGCAGGACAUGCUAGAGGAUGCGGGACUUGGACUGAAAGUAGACGAAUCUCUUGAGACGCAUCUGCUUCAGUUAUAUUUUACCUGGCACGGCCCUUGUUUGCAUGCCGUAGAUGAGGAGAUAUUUUGGAGGUCGAGGGCGCAGAAGAGCAAUAAUGAUGGGGUUGACUCGCCAUAUUAUUCUCGUACGUUGUCUGAUGCAAUGUGUGCGAUCGGUGCUAAGUAUGAGCCAAAAUAUCACCCCGACCUUGUGACCUACCCACGAUCCCUGGCCGAGUUUUUCAGUGAUAGAGCAAAGAUUUCACUCGAGUCAGAGUUAGAGAACCCUUCCCUCACGACGGUACAGGCGCUGGUUAUCUUGGGUGCAUAUGAAGCGUCGUGUACGAGGGACACGAGAGGCUGGCUGUAUAGUGGGAUGGCAAUGCGGCUCGCCUUUGACCUUGGAUUGCACCUUGAUAUGGCUCCUUAUGUGGGAAGGGGUACUAUUUCGUGUAAGGAUUACGAUGUCCGCCGAAUAACCUUCUGGGCCGUCUACAUGAGUGAGCAAUUCUGGGGUUACUAUCUAGGUCGACCGACUCGGAGCCCGAUGGAUGGAGUCACUGUGCCAAAGCCUGACAGGGACAGUCACCUUCCUCCGAUGAAGUGGAAGCCGUAUGGCUCUCCGUAUCUAUCCAUGAAUAUGGCCAACCUCCCGAAUCCGCUGGGGCCAAUGUGCUACCAGUGGGUUUCAUUGUAUGAUUACAUGUUACCACUUACGAACAUUUUAUACGGCUGUUGUGAGAUAUCGAAACAUCAGCUUCAAGAGCUUACCUCCAAUACAGUGGAGAAGUUGAGACUAUGGAAGGCAAAUCUCCCACCGGAGCUGAAAAUCCACGAGAAGCCAGAUUUUCCACAGCCGCUACCUCAUGUUCUGGCUCUUCACAUGCAAUACCACCAAUUGAUGAUCCACUGCCACCGCCCAUAUAUCUCCCGGCACCAUAUCCAACCACAACCACCCCAAGGCCCAGGCUCCUCGCAUGCCCGCAUGAUGUGCAUGGAAUCAGCCAUUGCCAUUGCCCAAACUCUGGCACUAUAUGAGCGAUACUAUAGCUUCCGGCGGGCCAACUUCCAAGUCGUGUCCUUCAUCUUCUCUGCCGCGCUGAUCCUCAUAUUUGCUAUAGUCCCAACACGGCAAUAUGAACAUGACCGGGAAUUGGUGGCUUAUUUAAGUACCUGUUUUCGCGCGCUUGACGAAAUGGGCAGCCAGUUCGAAAAUGCGAACCGGACGAGUACCUUCUUGAAUACGCUGCAGCGGGAAUGGCAGGCUUGUCAGCGGAGUAGGAUGGCCCGCGGCGUGAAGAGGAAGUUUGAUAUUCAUCGUGAGCCGUGGAAAGAUAUUCUUGCCAACCAAACUCAAAGCCUGCAGGGCUCUGCGGCCAGCGCGGGGUUCUGCGCUGAUAUGCGACCUGGCGUCGAUUCCACGGUAGAAGGCUCCUUGUACUCUGUCGAUUUCAUGGAGCCUGAUCUAUGCAAUAUUCUGCUCAGCGAAGGCAUUCCUCGAGCGUUUGUGUAG